ACUACUGACCUCUUUGCAGGAGAGUAACUUCAUGGUGUAUGUAGAUUUAUAGAAAACUACAGUGACCUUCUUAGCAAAAAUUAGAUUUUACCUGGAUGCAAUGAAACUGUAACAAUGUCUUUGUUUGGUUUUACAAAAAGACUGGGUUCAGUCUUCAGCGGUGUUUUGACAUCUGCUAUUAGAACCCCCCUGUCAUGUAUUACAUCAAGAUCUUUCAGUGCAGCAAACACUACCUGUCUUAACAGUGCUCAGAGGUCUAGUUUUAUGGCUGAACAUAAAUCAAUUCAUAAUUUUUACUCAGGUAGAAUCUUACAGAACAUUGCAUCCUGUUGCUUAAUACCACAGAGGCUUAUCUCUCUAGAAUAUAUGCAUCGUAAAGGUCUUUACAAGAAAGUGAGAAGGAAGAGAUUAAGUCCUCUAGAAGGCAACCCACAACUUAAAGGGAUUGUCCUGAAAACUCUGAUAAAAAAGCCCAAGAAGCCAAAUUCAGCCAACAGAAAGUGCGUCCGCGUUCGUCUCAGCACAGGAAGAGAAGUGACCGCGUACGUACCAGGGGAAGGCCAUAACCUGCAGGAGCACAACAUAGUAUUAGUUGAAGGUGGGCGGCUGCAGGACACGCCAGGUGUGAAACUGACCUGUGUGCGUGGGAAGUUUGACCUCCCACAUGUAAAAAAGAAGUGAUUUAUUAAAUGUUCUUA